AUGGCUACAGCAAGUGGGGCAGAAGCAAUAGCACAGCGUAUAUUACGCAUUACAGACAUUGUCCACGAGCCCCUAGAAUUUAUCGCACCAAUUGGUGGCUAUGAAGAAAUGCCGCUUGUUCCACUUGAAAUAGCUGUUGAAGCGCUCGUUCCUAUUCUACCAGCAAUUCAAAGUCAUGCAUAUGUUGCCAAACAACGAUGUAAGAAUCUUGUCGAUGAAUUGACACAAGAUGAAUCCGCCUCAAUUAUGUUAUAUACGAUGGGAUGGAAGCCACUUGAUAAAUGCUUAUAUAUCGUUUUGAAUGAUACUUUACGAUCACCAGAUCGACAACAAAAGCUUGAACCAUGGUAUUUGUUUCUGAGACUCUUUCUUAAUGCACUCUUUCGCCUUCCAUCACUUCCUAAAACUGCAUAUAGAGGCGUUAAAUUAGAUCUGAGCCAGCGCUACAUCAAAGGAGAAACAAUCGCCUGGUGGGGUUUCUCAUCGUGCACAACAGCUGUUGGUGUUCUAAAUUCGAAAUCAUUUUUGGGAACAACAGGUGACAGAACAAUGUUUACCUUACAAUGUCAAUCAGCUAGAGAUAUUCGCAAGUAUUCAUAUUUUCCAGCUGAAGACGAAGUACUUCUUAUGGCUGGAACUCAAUUCAAAGUAGUCAGUUGUCUUAAUCAAGGCGACCUCCAUAUUAUCCAAUUGGAAGAAACUCGUCCUCCAUUUCCACUCUUACAACCAGUACCUAUUAUUGUUCCAUCAUGGAUCAAUCCAACUCCCUCAAGUAAGUGA